AUGUAUGAGCAUGUGGGCGUUGACGAUGAAGGGCUAUAUCUUGACCUUGGUCCCAACUACCCUCCACCUCCCCCAAAUCCUAAAGCUGGCAAUAAAGGAAGGGAAGCUGAGAUUUCUGAGGAUGAAAUCUGCUCUGAGUCAGAUGAGAGUUCUGAUGAUGAGUCUGAUGAAGAGAUGGUUACAGAUAGAGGCCCUGAACCUAUGCUUGAUGUCAAUUACGACAAGAAGAACCCACCUAUGGAUGUAGGCACUUUGUAUUCAAACAUGAAAGCAUUUAAGAUUGCUUUAGCUUCUUAUUCUGCUAAGCAUGAGUACCAUUACUUAGUUGAGAAGAGUGAUCCAGGGAGGUAUAGGGUGCACUGCAAAUUCAAGGAGGAGCUUGAUUGCCAAUGGAGGAUUCAUGCUUCAACUCUGAAGGAUGGUGUGACAGUUAAGGUGAAAAGGAACCCACAUCCUCAUGAUUGUAAGAGUGCUAAGAGGGUUGGUGUGUGUGUAGGGAUCACACAAGAGUGGGUCUGCAGUAAAGUGGUAGACUGGCUGAAGGAAGAUGGCAACAUUCGGAUAAAAGAAUUGAUUAGAAGAUUGAAGAAUGAGUACAAAGUUAAUGUGCCAUACAGGAGAGUGUACAAAGGUAAAAAUCUUGUCAUGGAUCAGAUUUAUGGACCUUGGGAUAAAAGUUUUGACAAUUUGUUUAGGUUUAAGGCCCAGAUAGAGGAAUCUAGUCCUGGAUCAUUUGUUAUCAUUGAUCAUCACACAAUCAGCAAUAAGAUCAGGUUUAAUAGGCUAUUCUUUGCAUUGAAAGCAUGUGUAGAUGGAUUUCUUAGAGGCUGUAGACCAUAUCUUGCAGUAGAUAGCACUUUUUUAAAUGGAAGGUUCAGAGGACAGUUGUGUGUAGCUUGUGCAGUAGAUGGACAUAACUGGAUGUACCCAGUAGCUAUUGGUGUAAUUGAUUCAGAGACUAAUGAGAAUUGGGUGUGGUUCAUGGAGAGGUUAAAAGAAGUAAUUGGAUCCCCAGAUGGACUGACCUUCUGUACAGACUGUGGCCAAGCAGUGAUGAAUGGGGUCACUGAAGUUUUCCCUGAAGCUGAACAUAGGGAGUGCAUGUACCACUUAGUACAAAAUUUCAAGAAAAGAUUCAGUGGCAAGGUUUUUGAUGACCACUUAUGGGCUGCCUCAUAUUCAUGGAGCCCAUAUUUGUUCAACAAGCAUUAUACAGCUAUGGCUCAAGCCAAACUUGAGGCAAUGGUGUAUCUACAUGAAAACCACAAGAAGCUUUGGACAAGGAGCCAGUACAGGACAGGAUCAAAGGUGGACUAUGUCACCAACAAUCUAGCUGAAUCAUUCAACAAUUGGAUAAAGCCUGAAAAGGGGAAGAAUAUUGAUGAUUUACUGGAUAGUAUAAGACAGAAGCUCUUGAUUAAAUGGAAUCAUAAGAAGAGAGUUGCCAUGAAAUUCACAGGGAAGAUUCUACCUCACAUUGAGAGGAAACUGAGGGAAGACAGUUACAAUCUUGACAUUGAAGUCAUCACUGAUUCCCCUGAUGGUGUGGUAGAGAUUUGUGCUAAGGGUGGCAGUGUAUAUAGAUUUGUGGUCAAUUUACCUAAGAGAACCUGCACCUGUAGGGUUUGGCAAGGGUCAGGAAUCCCUUGCAAACAUGCUAUUGCCUACAUCACUUCAAUCCCUGGUGCUAAACUAGAAGACUAUGUGCAUGAUUACUAUUCUGUCGACAAAUUCAAAAUUGCAUAUGAAGGUUCCAUCCCUUGCAUUCCUGACAAGAGUAUGUGGCCCAACAGCACCCAUGGCUUCUUCAUGCACACUCCAUUACUUAGGGCAACAACUAGAGGAAGAAGAAAGAAUAGGAUGAAAUCAGCACUUGAAGGUGGCAGCAGCAGCCAGAAGGGAAACUCAAGGUCUCAUGAGUGCCCAAUAUGCCAUGAAAAAGGGCACCAUUGGUAUACUUGCAAGAAUGGCAAUCCUGAAGACAUAGCUGCAAUGGAGGCUCAAAGGUCUGGAACUAGUUCCAAUGACCCAAUACCAUUGCAGACUGUUUUCCUGGCUUCUUAUCAUGAGACCUCAGUUGGCACAGUACAGACAGACCCAGUGGACACCCUCCGUAUCAAGGCUCCUUAUCAUGAGACCUCAGUUGGCACAGUACAGACAGACCCAAUGGACACUCUCCUUAUCAAGGCUGCUACACCAAGGAAGAAAACAGAAGUUAAGAAGAAGCUGACACCAAAGAGGCUUCAAGUUGUAGCAGCCAGCCAAGCUACCCCAUCCAGCCCUUCUUCUAAUACAAGGAGCAAGAAGAAACUGCACCUGCAGUGA